GGCUGUGCAAAAAUUGGUGGACAUUAAAGAAGAAAACGGUGGCCGUUUCCCAAUAUAUAUCUCUGUGUGAAGAAAUGCAUACGUUGUAUGCAAUCUUCAAAAGCACAAAUUUUGACCAAUUAAAAUAUGCUUCCACUCGUUAUGAUCAUCAUACCCAACUGGAACAACACAUCAGAUUAUGCCAGAGUUCAAUGAAUCUUCUGCAAGCACAUCAUGAGGAUUUGAUGAAAUUGAAUAAAAGUGUAGACCAGUUCAUUUUGGAAAAUGAGCAUCCAAAUGAGAUGAACAAAUCCACUCUUAAAGGAUAUGUGGAUAAUUUAUAUGAAUUAUUCCACAACAAUUACAAAAAUAUGAAUCAAAAAUAUGAAGAACUUCAGCUUUCGUUGCCCAUUUGGAAAAAAAUGGAUGAUGCUGUGGAAUUGUUUGAGUUAGACCUAAAUAUGGAUGACCAUAAAAUUAACGCUAUCAGUAGAUCUUUAAAAGACGGAAAGGUGGUAGACCAAGCUGUUACUAUAAGAGAACUCGCAAAUUUACUUCCAAAAAUUAAAAAGUCGAAUCCUCGUGAUCACGACGGUCAAGAAGGCUAUGUGUCAGACAGUGGGAUUUCCGACGAAGGGUCUGAAAAUGACACAAGGGAUAGGGAAAGAAAACUAGCAAUGAUUAGACAGUUAUUUAAAGAGUUCAAUGCAGAACCAACAAUCAAUACCCAGGCAAAAGAUAUACUUCGUAAGCGAAUUCAAAAAAAUGAAGAGAAACUGCGGAAUUUACAGAGUCGAUUCCAAGAUAUUUUAGAACAGGACCUAAAUGGAUCUCUAAUUACUGAGAAAUUAAGUACCGUCUAUGAGAAGGAAGGUGAGGAACUAGCUCCUGGAGAUCCAGAUCACGACCCAGGUGCAAAUAAUCAUAGAUUGUUUUGGAGAUUGUUCAGGACAUCUUUUUCAUUUACUUUAAUUAUAUUGGCUGCUGUAUGUAUCAGCGCAAUAAUUGCGCCAAAGUGCUGUGAAAACAAAAAUAACUACAACUGGUCGCCAGUUCCCCAGUUGCAUUUUCAAGAAAGACCUGCAAUAUAG